CCCACGAUGACUCUGUCCAAUUGCUCCACAGGUUCUGGGAACAGCUGUCACCUCCUCACCCAACCCAAAUUCACCCAGCACCACCCUCCCUGUUCCACUGAGCCCACAGCCACGGAACACAGAAAGUCCCUGCUGGGAACCCAGACGCAGGGCCGGCGGCGUAGCCAUCCAGGAGCGCCCAAGCAUAGAAAAAGAAGAACCUACCUGCUUCUUGGCAUUCUGACGGCUAGUAACAGCAGAGCCUUAUCUCCAUCAUCUGACCGGAAGCCGAGCUUCGUACUCAGGCAAGACCUGAACCUUCAGCACAUAAGACGCCAAGAGGCUCUCUGGACAAAACGCUGUGGAGCUAGGGCAGGCCAGGAUGGAGAGCCCGGCCUCCACAGAGGACUAUGGCCUGACCACUGAAUAUGACUACGGGGAUACAACCCCAUGCCAGAAGGUGGCUGUGAGGGCCUUCGGAGCCCAGCUGCUGCCACCCCUGUACUCCCUGGUGUUCAUCAUCGGUGUGGUGGGCAACGUCCUGGUGGUCCUGGUCCUCAUGAAGUACAAGAGGCUCCAAAGCAUGACCAGCAUCUACCUGCUCAACCUGGCCCUCUCUGACCUGCUCUUCCUCUUCACACUGCCCUUCUGGAUCGACUACAAGCUGAAGGACAGCUGGGUCUUUGGCAAUGCCAUGUGUAAGCUCCUGUCUGGCCUCUACUACCUGGGCUUGUACAGCGAGAUCUUCUUCAUCAUCCUGCUGACCAUCGACAGGUACCUUGCCAUUGUCCAUGCCGUGUUCGCCCUUCAAGCCCGGACCGUCACCUUCGGCAUCAUCACCAGUGUCAUAACCUGGAUCUUGGCCAUCUUGGCUUCUGUCCCUGGCUUGUACUUUUCUAAGACCCAGUGGGAGGCCACACGCCACACCUGCAGCCUUCAUUACCCCUACCAGAGCCUGCGGGCCUGGCAGCGCUUUCAGGCUCUGAAGCUGAACCUGCUGGGGCUCAUCCUGCCGCUGCUGGUCAUGGUGGUCUGCUACACAGGCAUCAUCAGGAUUCUGCUCCACCGGCCCAACGAAAAGAAAGCCAAAGCUGUCCGGCUGAUCUUUGUCAUCAUGAUCAUCUUCUUCUUCUUCUGGACCCCAUACAACCUGGCUAUGUUUGUUUCUGCUUUCCAGGAGCACAUGUUCACCAACUACUGUGAGCAGAGCAGACAGCUGGACCUGGCCCUGCAGGUCACAGAGGUGAUCGCCUACACCCACUGCUGCGUCAACCCCAUCAUCUACGUCUUCGUGGGCGAGAGAUUCCGGAGGCACCUGCGCCAGCUGUUCCGGAGGCUUGCAGCCGGGCACCUGUCCAAGUGCUUACCCUUCCUCACCGUGGACCGGCUGGAGAGGGCCAGCUCCGUGUCUCCAUCCACUGCUGAGCACGAGCUCUCUGGCGUGCUCUGACUUGGACCUCUGGAGGCCCAUGCAGGUUCCAGUGGGAGUGGCCUGCCAGGCCGGCCAGCAAGGCAGGGAGAAGUAGAGGUGGCAUGGCUGUCCCCACCCAACCCUGACACCCCACACAGUGUGGAAUUGUACCUUUGGGACAGAGGCCACUCAAAGGUGGUCUAGGCUGAGUCACCUGGGGCUUCAGUCUUGCUGUGACUCCUCCCCCGGUGGAGAAGGGACAAGUGGGUGACAUGGGACAUUCCAGAGGCUGAGACUGCAGGCUCCAGGAAAGGGCUGGGGUCCAAACACGAUGCCCAGUGUGUGAACACUGGGAUUUGCAAAAACAAAAAAAAACCCAAAAAACACCCUGCAGCAGCCCCGAUGAGCUUGGAAAUGGUGAUUUCCACGGGUGAUGCCCUGCAGAGUCCUAGAGCCAGCAUGUGACCUGCAGGGCUGGGGAUGAGCUCCUGGCAGUGAAAGGAAGGGGAGAAGGGUGGACUCUGGAGGUGCCUGCCCACAGGUGGGUAGACGGACUCUGUCCUGAACUGAGAGGCACUGAGCUAGAAGGAGCAGGUUUACCAAAGCUCUCCACUCCUCAGCUCCAAGCAAGGUCCCUGCUUAUCAUUCUUUGUCCGCUUCCCCUCACAUGCGUAUUUCUUUAAAAAUUGUUUUUAGCAAAGCCCAAAGACACCAAGAAGAAAGAAAACAAGCAUUGAAGUCAUCCAUCACCUUAUUGCCCGAACAACCACUGUGCAUUUGGAAGUGUUUUCACCGUGUUUUUAAUUCUGUGUGUACUCGGGAUUGGAGCCGAGGCGGUCUUUGGUGGUGCUCAUGGUUCUGCUGCUGUAUUUAAUGAGCAGUAUGUUGCGGCCGCUUUCUCAGGUCAAUAAAUCAUUUCAAAGCACU